GUCUUCUCAGCGGACUCUGAUUUCUCACCGUUUUCUCCAAUUGGGUCAAAGAAGAACUGAAUUUGUUCCAUUCCGCCGAUUUGGUCCGUAUAUCAAUUGUGUAAUACCAUUCCAAAACAAUGGCUCUUGCAUCUGUUGAAGGAAGGUCAACGCUAAACCCGAACGCCCCUCUUUUCAUCCCGGCCGCCUACCAGGUGGAGGAUUUCUCCCCACAAUGGUGGCAGCUGGUCACGACCUCGACAUGGUACCGCGACUACUGGCUCAGCCAACACCAGGAAGAGAGCGAUUUCUACAUCGAAGACGACUUCAACAGCAACGACAUUGCCGAUUUGCUGCCAGAGGCCUUCGACCU